AAAAAAAAUCCAUCUCCUUGUUCAACGCUAAAUGAAUUCUCUCAGGAUCCUCACCAUCUCUCUUCUUCUGCUUCUCUUCUUUCUAUUUGUUUGGGUUCAAUGGGAUGGGUCAUCAAGGAUAUCAUUACUAGUUGUGGAUCUUCUACCUCUUCUCCCUCGGCAAGUCUCGUGGCCACUUUUGCGGUCUCUCCACGGCGCUGCCGAUCUUUUACCGACCUUCGUUGGUUCACCGUCGUUGUCAAACACUCAUGUGGAGUGGAAAGGUGCUUGCUUUUACCAGAACAGUGCAUGGAUGGAGUUCCACAACAAGUCUGGUUCCAAGUAUGGUGGUGGAACUCUUCAUAUCAAGGUCAGUGAUGCUCAUAGUUGGACGUGCAUGGACCUUUACAUCUUUGCAACUCCAUACAGAGUGACAUGGGAUUACUAUUUCUUGGCUAGAGAACAUACUCUUGACUUUGAUGAAUGGGAGGGAGAAAAUGAGUUUGAACAUGUGAAAUACAAAGGAGUGUCGAUCUUUCUCUUGCAAUCAGGAUUGCUUGGAACACUGAGAGCUUUAUGGGAUGUCUUCCCUUUGUUUACAAACACUGGAUGGGGUGAGGACUCUAAUCUUGCUUUUCUUGAGAAACAUAUGGGAGCUUCAUUUCCAGAACGCCCAACACCAUGGUUUUCAAACAUAAGCGUGGAUGAUAUUCACUCUGGAGACUUCUUAGCAUUGUCGAAAAUUCGGGGACGGUGGGGUGGUUUUGAGACACUGGAGAAGUGGGUCACUGGAGCUUAUGCUGGUCAUUCUGCAGUUUGUCUCAAAGAUUCAGAAGGAAAACUUUGGAUUGGAGAAUCUGGUCAUGAAAAUGACAAGGGAGAAAGUAUCAUUGCUCUUUUGCCAUGGGAGGAGUGGUGGGACAUUGAGCUGAAUAAAGAUGAAUCAGAUCCUCAUAUAGCUUUGUUUCCUCUGCACCCAGAUAUGAGAGCCAAAUUCAAUGAAACCGCAGCUUGGGAGUAUGCAAGAAGCAUGGCAGGAAAGUCUUAUGGUUAUCAUAAUAUGAUUUUUAGUUGGAUUGAUACUAGCAAAGAUAAUUAUCCUCCUCCAUUGGAUGCACACAUGGUUGGUUCAUUCAUGACAGUUUGGAACAGAGUGCAACCAGACUAUGCUGCAAACUUGUGGAAUGAAGCAUUGAAUAAAAGACUGGGGACUGAGGGACUUGAUCUUCCUGAAAUUAUAGUAGAAACCGAAAGGCGAGGUUCAUCUUUCGACAAAUUGCUUGCCAUUCCUGAACAUGAUGGUUGGAUUUACUCUGAUGGAAAAUCAACAUCUUGUGUUGCUUUCAUUCUUGAAGUUUAUAAGCAUGCUGGCCUCUUUGAUCCAAUUGCAAACUCUAUUCAAGUAACAGAGUUCACCAUAAAGGAUGCUUACUCAUUGAAGUUCUUUGAAAACAAUAUGAGCAGACUUCCAGAAUGGUGCAAUAAGGAAGAUGAUGUAAAGCUUCCAUUUUGCCAAAUUAAAGGGAGAUACAGAAUGGAGUUUCCAGGUUAUAAUAUUAUAGAACCUUAUCCACAUAUGAAUGAGAAAUGUCCAUCUCCUCCAAAUUAUAUCAGGCCAACGAAUUGCUGAUUAACUCUCAUGCGAAAAGAGAGAAUUCAACGCCUUUCUAAUGCAUGGUCGAGGAUUUGGAGUGUGUUGGGUGAUUUGCUGAAAAAAUCUAAUUGCUGAUUAUUAUUUUACUACCAAUUUAUGUAUGUACAUUG